ACAAGCGUCAUCUGCUGCCACCGGCGGAGCGGGCAGACUAACCGUCACAACCAUGUCUAUCUGCGACGACACACUACUUUGUAACUUCUCAAAGUGUCGGACCAAGCUGAGCGGCUUCGCCUGGGUCACAGCUUGCUCACAUGUUUUCUGUGAUCAGCACGGGUCCGGUGAGUUCAGCCGCUCCCCCGCCAUCUGCCCGGCCUGCUCCUCUGCCCUGUCUGGGAAGCUGGACAUUGUGAGGACGGAGCUGUCACCCUCUGAGGAGUACAAAGCCAUGGUGCUGGCUGGUCUGCGACCGGACAUAGUUUUGGACAUCAGUGCCCGUGCUUUGGCCUUCUGGAGCUAUCAGGUCCACCAGGAGCAUAUGUAUCAAGAGUACAGUCUGUCACGGGCAGAGGCACAGCUGAAGCAGAUGGAGAAGGUGUUGACCCAGCAGAACCAGUCCAGAGAACUGGAGCUCACUGGCAUGAGGGGGGAAAUCGCCUCCCUGAAGAAAGUGAUGGAGGAGUAUAAAAGGAAGUACAGCGAGGUGUCCGAGAGGCUGAUGGAGAGGAACAGGCAGUACCAGAAACUACAGGGGUUGUACGAUUCUCUGAGGCUGCGCAACAUGGUGGUGGGUGUCGGGGACACGCUGCCACAACCAGGACAUCACGACUUCAACACCGGGAUGGCUCGGCAGGCGACUCCCCAGAGAAGCCCUCAGUUCCUCUCCAUGGGCUACGAUGGGGACAGCAGAUUCUUCUCCUGCCUUGAGGCUGAUGGAGCCAAGACCUUCUUCCAGUUCAGCUCCCCCACCAGGGAGAGAGGCCAGCCCUUCAUCAAGAAGCACUGAGACCGGGAACCAGGUGUCAUAGUGACUGUUAAAACACUAACUUGACUACAUUUAUUUAUAUAUGUUAAGAAAUUGUUGUGUUGUUUUAGUGUUAAUUUAGUUGGCGUGUUUGCCCUGAGUGAAUAGUGUUUAUAGUCAUUUGAACUAUAAAUGUGUUUUUGGCCAAUGUAACUCAAACUAGCAGUGAAACUUUUAGUCCUGGUCUCUACUUAAGCAUUCGUUUGUGUGAAGAAGAACUUUGACAAUGUAAAUACAAUUUACUCUUUAAUUUACA